CAUUCGUUACUUGUGGUUCGUGCUGUUAACGUGUCUUUUGCAAUUUGAAAUAUAUUUUUCUAUUUAAACUAGAAAAAUAAAUUAUAAAAAUAAAUAGUUGUGCAUAGUGAAUUAAUAAUACGUGUGGAGUAUUUCUGUAUUAAAUUAAACAAGAAAUAAUUAAAUCAUAACAAUGCCGUUAACUUGUUCUGUUGCUGGAUGUAAAAAUAAAUUUGACAAAACCAAUCCAAAGUUAAGUUUAUUUAGAUUUCCAAGAAAUGAAGUUUAUUGUAAACAAUGGCUCAAUGUUUGCAAACGGAAGAACAUCAAUGUAAAAAAUGCUAGAAUAUGUUCCACGCAUUUUCGAGACGAAUUCUACAAGCCAUUAUCAUUUACUGAUAAAUCAUUGCAAACAAGAAGACUUUUUGAUUAUGCAAUUCCAACUGAAAAUCUUUUAAUAAAUAUUUCACAAAAAAAUGAAAUUGAAUUAUCAAGAAAUUCAAAAAUCAAUAAAUCAUUACCACUCGAUAAUAAUGAUUUUUUUGAUUCAUUUCAAAAGGCUGUUAAUGAUGUUGUUCAUGAAUUUCGUAAUGCGGAGAAUUGUGAAAAUAUUUCAAAAAAAUUAAAUCUAUUAAAUAAAGAAUUUGAUCAGAAUGAUGUUGACAAUAGUGAAAUAAAUAAUUUAACAAUCAGUGAAAUGUUAUUUUCACAAUUGGAGGAAUCAAGAGGACAAUUAAAAAAGAUGAAGGAAAAAUUAGAAAAAGUUGAAGAUAAAUUAAUGAAAACGGAAAAAAAAUUGGAAAAUGCUGAAGAAAAAUUAUUAAAAGCCGAAGAAAAAAUAAAAAAUCUUGAAAGAGAAAAAGAAGAUGAUGAUGAUGAGAUUGAAAAACUUCCUAAUUUAGAUGAAGAAAUAAAAAAUUGGAUUUCUGACGAUGCUAUUGGAACAAUUUCACUUCAGACUCAUGUUGCGAAGAGUAAUAAUGAAUAUUUAAGGAAUGUUUUGAAAAUAUCACUACCUGGAUUGGCCUCGUUAAAACGCUGGGUUCAGAAAUUUGAUGUAUCACCCAGAAUGAAUUAAAUAUAAAUUGUAAAGAAAAUAUAA